UCAACCAGUUUUUUCGCGAAACAGUACGAAAUGUUUAUUUUAGGCGGUACAAUUAAACAAGUCCCAAUGGCACAUAAGAUCAGAGACUAGCCAAGCAUAAAGACGUCUUUGAAAAAAGACAAAAAAGCGGGGUGAACUUAAUAUGCAAAAAUGCCACAUCUUUACUUUGUAGAGUACACACAUCAAGUGAGCAACGGUCAUAAUCUUUGAUACCAUACUGUCAUACAAAAAGGGAAAAAUCCUUAAAAGUUGAGAGUGAAGGAUAAGCAAUAUGUUGGUAAAUUGAAGUAUGCGUAGAUUAAAGAAACGGUGCUUAAGUUUAUUGAGAAUGCAAACAGUACUCAAUUAUUUGUUAUGGUUCUUUCUUCUUCAUAUCAUCUUAUUGGCAGUGUUCAUUGUAUAUCAGUCAAUGAAAGAUGAAUAUCCGACUACGAAAAAUCUACCAUUAUAUAAUGAACAACAAGACCAUAUUCCUUCUAACGAUAUUCAUUUUCGAAUAUCCACUCAAGAAGUGUUAAUCCGUGAAAUUAUAGACAGCCAAAGAUAUGAUAUUCAUAUCAGUAUUGCAAAGGGAAAGGGACCUCCAAAACUGUCGUUCAGUAAAAAUAAACGAUGGAUUCCUCCAAAGAUUGUAAAGGAUGUUCAUUCAAUGAAACGUUCAUUCACCAAAUAUGUGUACGUUCACGCCGAAUACACAGAGCAAAUGUCAAUGGCGACGUUAAGUUUAUUGAGUCUUUGCGGUUUUGCUCAGUUUGGCGAUCGAAAAGUCGUAAGACCUUACACUCGAGAUUCAAGGAUAACAAGCAAUGAACGUAACACCAGAUCACUUGGUGUACUUUAUGACUUGGAUUAUUUGGGUAAUUUACUGAACAAUGCUGGUUAUUCACCUCUUGUCGAUAAGCAAGAAUAUUUAAAUGAAUGCAAACCGACAGAUCCAAAUCAUGUUACCAUUCAUUUUCUCUACAUUGGAGGUGUAACGAAAAAUUGGAAUUUAGGCAAAUUUAAGAUAACUGAGGAUGUUUAUGAUAAUAUUUUUGCGAAAACCAAAGCAACAGGAUGGACCGACUGUUCGUUUCUUGAUAAUCUAAUGAAAAUUACACCAAGUAAGAGACAAUAUUGCAUUAAUCCCACAAUCAUUAAAGACUGGCGCGUUCUUGAACGAGAUAUUGUUAAUGGGGCGAAAUGUUUAAACAUAAUUCUCUGGAGGGGAAUUGGUGGUGGAAAAUAUCGUAGUUAUUUCACGGAAGAGCAUAUAAAAUAUUCACACACCGUUUUGCAAUAUGCAUUGAAACCCAGUAUAACUGUGCAACAUGAAGUAACAAAAUUUCAACAAGCUUUUCUUCAAGAUCGCUACAUUGCAGUCUAUAUUCGCGCGGAACUUGUCCUUAUACCGCAUCGCUUCGAUAUUGAUUUGUUUAGAAACUGUUUGAACGUCGUUGUUGAUGUUGUAGCAGCUCUUAAAACCAUUACUGGUAUUAAUCUAGUCUAUCUUGCAUCUGAUAUGUCUAAAUAUGGUUCUGGAUCGUUGCUUCGAAAUUAUCUUGGCAGUUCUGAAAACAAAACAAAUCCUUUUCCGGAAAUUUUCAGCUCUCUAAAGUCUCGUAUCGGAGGUGUAGUGUAUGAUUACAAUCCUUUAAAUACUGAGAUUGUAGAUCGUGGAGCAAUAGCUCUUGUUGAUUGGUCACUUUUAUCGCAUGCGCAGUACUUAGUUACCGCUGGUGAUGAAGAAAUGUCGUCAUUCGUACGUCUGGUUAUCGGAUCUUUUCUCACCAAUCAUCAAGAUGAUAAGGAACUUUGGUCGAAGAUUUCCGUGUGUGGGAAAUAAACUGUUGAACAAUGCUCAUUGGUCAGUUGAUAAAUCACGUGUCUUUGGUGAACGCCAUAAAUGUCUUUACUCGUGACUAAAGACGAAACAAAAAUCAAACAGUUUCUUGAUGUUAUCAAAAAAAAUGCAUAAAAUUUUUAUCGCGUUCUCUUUCGUUUUGUUACCUUUUGUGGCGAGCCGAGUUGACUUCUUCAACUUUUUUUAAACUAUCCAGAGCAUGAGGUAUUCUAAAAAAUGAAUUAGGUAUCUUGAAGUAUAUACUAGGUAUCCUGAAGUAUAUAUUAGGUGUAUCUUAAAAUAUAUAUUAGGUAUCCUGAAGUAUAUAUUAGGUAUCUUAAAGGAUAGAUCCAGACACAUGAUGUAUGUUAAAUGACAGAAGUGAAGAUCACCUGCUUUUUUUUAUACUAGGAAUUUCCUCCUGAUCUUGAGUAUAUGAUUGUAACUGAUAAUAAAAAUGGGGCAAAACAACAAAA